UUCGGUGGGCGGGACCACGACCUGUAAGGAAUUUUGACUGGCUCCUCACCCCGGAACUUCCUGGAUCCUUUGCGAGCCGGCGGCGUCCCCUGGAGUUGGAACAGCCGCUGGAGGGUAUCGGAGGUCUGACAAUGGCCAGGAGCAAACUAAGAGGUCAGAAGUCAAGGAAUGUAUUUCACAUAGCCAGCCAAAAAACCUUUAAGACUAAAAACAAAGCAAAACCAGUUACCACUAAUCUUAAGAAGGUAAACAUUGUGAAUGCUGAAAAAGUUCACAGAAUGAAUAAAGCUUUUAUAGACAUACAAAAGGAACUCGCACAUUUCUCAAAAGGCCUUUCUCUUGAACCUGUGCAGAAGCAGGUGAUUCCUCAGCAGUGUCCAGAAAAUGAACCAGUUAAUGUUGAUGAAGCUACAAGAUUAAUGGCUCAGUUAUAAUACACGGUGAUGCAUCACCCAAAUACCAAUACACCCAAAAAGACCAACAAAUUAAAUGUUUUAUACAGUUUUAUUUUUAAAAAUCUUGUUAAUGUACAGGCAUUGGCACAUUUAAAAAACAAACUACAUAAACAGAUCUUUCCUAUAAUCUAGGAAAGUGGAAUGUCAGAAGUCAACAAAAUGUGAUAAACUUAAAGUGCUAAAACAGAAGGCACUUCACAAAAUCUGUUCACUGAGACAAUAAUAUAUCCUAGUUUACAUCCUUCACUUUAUAAGUGGCAGUGAAUGUCUGUUUGGAUUGGAGGACACACAGAAAUAUGGACAGUUUUGUGGCAGUAAAAAUAUAAGACAAACAAAUGAUAAGCCCUUGGGCAACAUUUUUGUUUUUGAUGACCUUAAGUCUACUUUAACUUCCCUCCUGUAAGAGGAAAAACCAGGAGGAUUCAGAAUGGAAGAAAGUUUAAAACCCAGAAUGUAAUUAUUCAAGGGUGGGUGGGGUUGGUGGAUAUUAAAUCACUUUUUCCCUUGAAACAGAGCCCUUUGUUUUAUAGUUGAAGUUUUGUGAAGUAAAAAACGAAAGUAUUAGGGAAGAACACUUUAGAAUCAGUGAACUAAAAAGGUGUUACAUUCAUUAUUUUAAAUACUUAGGUUAAGAAGUCUAAAAUGUUACAAAGUUAGAGGUAGAUAACAGUCCCAAGUUUCUGUGGACUCUAAUAAUUUAGUAUCUGGACAUCAAACAGAUCACAAACUCCUUCAUUAUCAUCUAAAUUAAAGUUGUAGUCAUCGGCUGGGGUAGGAGAAAGCCGUAAGAGAGGAAACACUGCAAGCAAAACACAAAUUGAGUGUUAAAAGAUUGUUUUUACAUACGAGUCAUGAUGUUUAACAUAAAAUACUCCUAAAUAUAUCAAUCCAAACUAAAUUGUUUCCUAUGUUAUACAAGAAUUUUAAAGUAUAUAACAGGAAAAGGAUCAAAUUAGUGAUUUGUAUUUACUGUAUCUUUUGAAAGAUUCUUGUUUUAAAGAUAGUUUAUGCAUUGAUUGUAGAUUAGCUUGAGAAAUAGAGGUGAAAAUUUUUGUUUGUUGAAUUUGAUGCUAAAAUUGGAUUCAAACACUGGUCAAAGUAUUUAAUCUGUUAAAUAAGCUGUUUGAAAACAGAAGUAAGAACUAGACUUAAUAAAUUUGCUGAUAUUCUCUGCUUCUACAGAAAUGUUUAAUAAAUCUCUUAAGUGGUACCAUUGCUAAUAUAACUGCUUCCUAGGUCUCAGCUGUAUUUGUUAGGAAAUGGUACUUUGAAUCCAAGAACUUAUGGAAAGGUAAAGCCAAGAGAAUUAUUAAUUAUAGCAUUGCAACCAAAGAAUUUUUAAGAAUUAUUUCAGAUGGUAACAUGGCUAAUGUUAACAAUCAUUCCAUAACUGCACAUUGGCAGCUUGAAAUUUGCCAUGGUGGCGUUAUUCACAAAACUGGGAUUUCAGAUGACCUGCUGACUUAGAUAAAUUAUCUUACUCUUGGCCAAAUUUUCAGGAGUGAAAAUGGCUAGUGUGCCAGCAGUUUAGAAGUUUAUUCAGUGAAGGUGAUAAGUAUCCCUUCAUUAAUUUUCUCUCUCAAAUUAGAGGGAAACAAAUUCUGAAGGAUGCCUAUGAUUUACUAGAAAGUAUUUUUAAUGGAGAAUUUUCAUUAAUCAAUCAUUAUAGUACAUUAAACAGUCAGUUAACAAAUACAAGUUCUUCAUUUCUUUUCAGUCACAUGCUACUCAUAAACUCUAGAAAAGUAAUGAUGUAUAAGGUAGGUAGUAAAAUUUUAAACUACUUACCAUCAGAAGACAUUAACUCAUCAAUGAUAUCUCCACUAAUAGAUCCUGCUGGAAACAAAUUUGAUUAAAGUUUUAUUACAUUUCUUUUUAUACAUUUUAACAGUAAAAGGCAGUUAUAUUUAAACAGCGAUUAACAGUACAAAGUUAAAGUACUAGAACUUUAUGGAAAGAGAUCGUUUUCAUGAUCACCUACUCUACUUCUUUGAACUUCCAGACUCAAGAUGUAGACAAAAAGACUGUCAUUCACCCAAUACUGAUUUCUUGGUUUUACACACACAAAAGUAUAAUUCUCCCAGUUAUCCAACCUUAAAACUUCAACACCACUUUCCAUCCCCCCUGUUAACUUUAUCUCCAGAUCUCACAGACCUACUGUUAUUUUGCCUAAACAAUAUUUCCCAGUCUAUUCUCUUUCCAAUCCCAUUGUCAUCACCCUGUUUUAGCCUUAAUAUUAUCCUACAGUUGCAUAACUGCAAACUUCUAAAUCUUCAGUCUCUACUGCCUCUAAUCUGCUUCCCAGACUGAAAGCCUCUUCUUUCCUAAUGACAUUACUCUUGUGCUCACCAGUGUACAGUUCCAAAUAUGCCACUUCUCUGGCCACACAUCACUGGCUUAUCGCCUGAGGUCCUAACUCGGUCUAAUAUUCAAGGCCCCCUCUAACCUACCCCCAAUUACUUUACUUAUUAUUUCCAAAUAUAAAACCAUUAUGGAAAGUAACUGCUCAACAAUGUUUAAUGCUUUGUGGAAUGUGAUGUACUAAUUGUGUCUAAGUAAAACCAUAUAAAACUUG